CCCCGCGCAGCCGGCCCAGAGCUGCUCUGCGCAUGCCCGUCCGGCCAAGCCCCUGGGAGGGGUCGGUGGCCGGAAACAAACUUUGCUGUGGAAGAUGUCGCCACCCUGUCCUCCCCAGGAGCCAGUCAGAGACAAUUUGCUAACUGACACUAAGGCCCGCUUAAAAAAGCAUGAUGUGGGGACCAAGUAUUCUCACUUGUCGUCUAAAAAAUGUUCCAUCCUUUUACCAUUGUUGGCUAAAGAAGGAAAACUCUACCUCUUGUUCACCCUCCGAUCAGAGAAGCUGAGAAGGUCACCUGGAGAAGUCUGCUUUCCUGGAGGCAAGCGCGAAUCUACGGACAUAGAUGACGUGGCCACAGCCCUCCGGGAGGCCCAAGAGGAAGUGGGACUGUGUCCUCAUCAGGUGGAGGUCGUCUGCUGCCUGGCGCCACUGCUGUUUGAUAUCGAUACAGUAGUAACGCCGGUUGUAGGAUUUAUAGACCACAACUUCCAGGCCAAGCCUAAUCCUGAUGAAGUUAAGAAUGUGUUCCUGGUGCCUCUGGAAUAUUUCCUGCAUCCCCGCGUCUACCAUCAGAAUCACCUGACACGUUUUGGCCGGGAUGUGAUUAUUCAUUGCUUUCAGUACACAAACCCUGAAGAUGGUGUGACUUAUCAUAUCCGGGGAUUAACUGCAAGAUGUGCCUUGUUUGUGGCCUUAAUUAUUUUGGGGAAAAAACCCGCCUUUGAGGUUGAAUUUGAUCUCAACAAUCUGACCUCAUCCUCUGAAAAGUCCUUCCUGCAGCUUCAUAAAUGUGCAACAAGUAAGUUAUGAUUUAUGAGACCAACAUCCAAACAACUCUUUAAGAAGUGUUUGUGUGUGCUUAGCCACAGAACAGCAAUCAUGCCGGCUGGUGGAAUUUGACAGGUGCAGAGUAUUUUUCCAGCAAUAGGAAGGUAAAAACCUUGUCUUUUUCCUAGUUGCCCUGUAUUAUCUGAAAAAGCAAAAGUCUUUCCAAAGUGGAAAAAUGUAUUGAUCGUGUUGCAGAAUGUUACGCAAAAUUUGUUAACAAUAUUUUUCUCAUACAUGUAAGGAAAAGGAACAGACACAAAGCAGGCACUUAAUAAAUAUUUGUUGACUCUGUGA